AUGGCUCCUAAAAAGCGGAUUGAAGAGUCGGAAGAGGAAACUUCAGACUCACAACCAGAAUCAUCUACAAGUUUUACCAGUAAUAACUCGAAUUCUAGUAAUAAAAGGUUACGCUUGAAUGACGAAGGAGAGUCAGUUGUUCCCCUCUUUACUGGGGAAAUUGGCAGACAGCCAGAAGACGGAUACCUGUAUGGCUCUAUUGUGCGUGUUCAACUCAAGAAUUUUGUCACGUAUGAUUUUGUCGAAUUUUUCCCUGGACCCAAUUUGAAUAUGAUUGUUGGGCCGAAUGGAACUGGCAAAAGUACAAUCGUGUGUGCAAUUGCUCUUGGACUAGGUUGGAAUACUUCGCUCCUUGGACGUGCAAAAGAAAUCUCUGAUUUUAUAAAGCAUGGUGCGGUUAUCGCAGAGAUUGAAAUUGAACUCAAGUGUCCGGAUAAGAACGUUGUGAUAAAUCGCAAAAUUAAAAAAGAAAAAAAUAGUACUUCGUGGAAAAUCGACGGGCAAAAAGCGACACACCGAGAAGUGAAUAAAAGGAUUACUGAAUUAAAUAUUCAAGUUGAUAAUUUAUGUCAAUUUUUGCCUCAAGAUAAAGUAAACGAGUUUGCACAGUUAUCACCUUCGGAAUUACUUAUACAAACGCAAAAAGCUGUAGGGGAAAAAAGCUUAAUAGAAUAUCAUCAGAAAUUGAUCAAAUUGCGAGAAGAAGAAAAAUCCCUUUUGAUGAGUGCAAAAGCUGAUCGAGAACAAAUGGAAAAUCUUGAAAAGAGAAACUCUGUUCUAGAACGAGAU